AAUGCAAGGGGAAUGAGAGGUUUAGGGUUUUGAAAAGGCAAAGUAGAAGUAGAAGGAAGGCUCCAGGGUUUUGAACUGCAGAGAGAGAGAGAGAGAGGCAGAGGAGAUUGAUUGAUCAAAUAAUGGCCGCAGUGGAGUCAGUGCAGUGCUUUGGCCGGAAGAAGACGGCGGUGGCAGUGACACACUGCAAGCGCGGGCGAGGAUUGAUAAAGAUUAAUGGGUGCCCGAUUGAGUUGGUGGAGCCAGAGAUCCUGCGCUAUAAGGCCUUCGAGCCCAUUCUGCUUCUGGGCCGCCAACGCUUCAGCGGUGUCGACAUGCGCAUCCGAGUGAAGGGCGGUGGCCACACAUCGCAGAUCUACGCAAUCAGGCAAAGCGUGGCGAAGGCCCUUGUUGCUUUCUAUCAGAAGUAUGUGGACGAACAGGCCAAGAAGGAGAUUAAGGACAUCCUCGGCCGCUACGAUCGUACGCUGCUCGUCGCUGAUCCCCGCCGCUGCGAGCCCAAGAAGUUCGGUGGUCGCGGUGCCCGUGCUCGUUUCCAGAAGUCUUACCGUUAAAUUUAGCACGGUUUUUUUUGUUUUCUUCUCCUCAAUUUUGAAAAAAGAUAUGUAUCUUCUUAUUGAUAGGAUUUGUUGAUGUAUCGGACCUUGCUGCUUGAGUUUUCUGUUGGCUCUGAUAUUAACUAGGAUUAUGUGCUUUGGCUUGUUAUUGAAAAUAAAUGCUCUGAAGAAUUUUGAAAAAUAUAUGCUUGUUUUUAUGGA